CGGCAGGGAAGCUGCAGCGAGGGCUGGCAGCUGGCAGAGUCCUGAGCACCCAGCACCCAGCCCGGCUUGCACCCCAAAGCCUGGAGAAAGGCUGCUGAGCCAUUGACCUGUGGAUUCCAGACACUCCCGCUGUGCAUUCCUCUGAUCUGGAAGGUUUCCUGAAUUACGUGAUGAGAAAACCGGGUUCGAGUCCUAUCUUGUCACCAACUUCCUGAGUGACCUGAGCUGGUCCCGUCCCCUUUUGGAAUCUCCGUCUUCCGUCUCUUCGGCGAAGGGGUUGAUUUAUAAGGAUGCCUUCUGCUCUGACGCUGUGAUUUGAAUUCUGUGUUUCCACGUGACAUUCGAGAAGUCUGGCCGGCAGGAUGGAAUCUGAAAUGACAAUGGUUCUGGACUAGGCUUUGUGCUCAGCCCAGCUCAUCUUUGCCUGAGACCUAGGAGUGGCCCCAGGCUCUCCUGAUGUGCCACCAUACUUGGCAUCUGCUCUUCUUCCUGCCCCCGUAUUCCCAUGCUCCGAAGGGGAGUUCUCUUCCAUAGCAAAUCCGGGAGGAGCCGAGGAGCCAGGCCCUUUGUUCCAGACCCAGAAGCAGCCAUGGGGACCUGUGACAUUGUGACUGAAGCCGAUAUCUCAUCUGGCCCUGAGAGCAACACCACGGGCACCACAGCCUUCUCCAUGCCCGGCUGGCAGCUGGCACUGUGGGCCACAGCCUACCUGGCCCUGGUGCUGGUGGCUGUGACGGGCAAUGCCAUCGUCAUCUGGAUCAUCCUGGCCCAUCGGAGGAUGCGCACAGUCACCAACUACUUCAUCGUCAAUCUGGCGCUGGCCGACCUCUGCAUGGCUGCCUUCAACGCCACCUUCAACUUUGUCUAUGCCAGCCACAACAUCUGGUACUUUGGCCGUGCCUUCUGCUACUUCCAGAACCUCUUCCCCAUCACAGCCAUGUUUGUCAGCAUCUACUCCAUGACCGCCAUUGCUGCCGACAGGUACAUGGCCAUCGUCCACCCCUUCCAGCCUCGGCUUUCAGCCCCCGGCACCAAGGCGGUUAUUGCUGGCAUCUGGCUGGUGGCUCUCGCCCUGGCCUCCCCCCAGUGCUUCUACUCCACCGUCACCAUGGACCAGGGUGCCACCAAGUGCGUGGUGGCCUGGCCUGAAGACAGCGGGGGCAAGACGCUCCUCCUGUACCACCUCGUGGUGAUCGCCCUCAUCUACUUCCUGCCGCUCGCGGUGAUGUUCGUCGCCUACAGCGUCAUCGGCCUCACGCUCUGGAGGCGCGCAGUGCCCGGACAGCAGGCGCACGGUGCCAACCUGCGCCACCUGCAGGCCAAGAAGAAGUUUGUGAGGACCAUGGUGCUGGUGGUGGUGACAUUUGCCAUCUGCUGGCUGCCCUACCACCUCUACUUCAUCCUGGGCAGCUUCCAGGAGGACAUCUACUGCCACAAGUUCAUCCAGCAAGUCUACCUGGCACUCUUCUGGUUGGCCAUGAGCUCUACCAUGUACAAUCCCAUCAUCUACUGCUGCCUCAACCACAGGUUUCGCUCUGGAUUCCGGCUUGCCUUCCGCUGCUGCCCGUGGGUCACACCCACCAAGGAAGAUAAGCUCGAGCUGACUCCCACACCCUCCCUCUCCACGAGAGUCAACAGAUGUCACACUAAGGAGACUUUGUUCAUGGCUGGGGAUGCAGCCCCCUCCGAGGCUACCAGUGGGGAGGCGAGGCAUCCCCAGGAUGGAUCAGGGCUAUGGUUUGGGUAUGGUUUGCUUGUCCCCACCAAAACUCAUGUUGAAAUUUGAUCCCAAUGUGGCAGUGUUGGGAGGUAGGGGUUAGUGGGAGGUGUCUGGGUAUUGGGGAUCGAUCCCUUAUGAAUAGAUUAAUGCCCUCCAGCUGCAGUGAAUCAUCACUCUUGUGGGAAUGGACUAGUUCCCAAGAUAACAAGUCGUUAGAAAGAGUCUGGUGUCCUCAAUUUCCCUGUCUUGCUUCCUCUCUCACCAUGUGAUCUCUUUGCACACAACACUUCCCUUCCACUUUCCACCAUGACAAGAAGCAGCCUGAGGCCUUCACCAGAUGCAGCUGCCCAAUCCUGAAUAUUCCAGCCACCAGAAUCAUGAGCCAAAUAAACCUCUUUUCUUUAUAAA